UGUCAACCUCGAGGUCAUCAUCUUUAUCAAGCUUCCCUUCAUUCAUGUGGCAAUUCUGAACUGUUUUACUCUCAAWUCCAUAUUUUACUGCGAUACGUUACUAAAAAGUGACAGAUAAUAGUUCAGGAAAAGAUGGCAGAUCAAARUUACUCAUCAGGAUAUAGCCAAAGAGGCAGUAGUGGAGGAUAUGGAGAUUCUCAAGGUGGCGGAUAUCAGUCAUAUGGUCAAAGCUAUGGACAAGAUACACAAGCUCAACCUGGCUAUCAGUCAACAGGCUAUUCCACAGCAACUACUACUGGUUACCAAGGAUCCUAUGGAUCAUCRGAUCAAACCUACCAGUCCUCUGGCUCAUAUGGAGGUGGUUACCAGACCUCUCAGCCUAGUAGUGGAACAGGCUAUCARCAGGGAGGAGGUGGAUACUCAGGAGGUGGAAGUACUAGCAGUGGCAGUAGUGGUGGUAGUGGUGAUGGUGGGUAUCAACAGCAAAGCUACUACCAAGGCCAAGGUGGUGCUGCCAAAUCAGAUUACCAAUCACAAGGUGGUUAUGGUGGUGGAUACUCCUCAGGGGGAGCUACUGGUGGUAGCAGCUAUGGUGGAAGCUCUGGUGGUGGAGGAGGAGGGGGAUAUGAAUCAAGAUAUUCUGGUGGAAGCGGUGGAGGAAGUGGUGGUGGUGGUUACGGCGGUGGUGGCGGUGGAGGAUACAGAGGUGGUCGAGGUGGUGGAAGACAAGACCGGGGAAGUGGAUACUCUAACGGUUCAGGUUAUGGUGGUGGAGACAGUGGUGGCAGUCAGGAGAAACAAUACUCAGUAGACACCAUCUUCUGCUCCAAUGUGCACAUCAAUGCUACUGAAGAGAAUUUGAAAGAAUUGUUUGGAUCCAUUGGAAUUAUUAAGAUGGAUAAAAAGUUAAACAAGCCAAAGAUUUGGAUCUAUAAACACCCUGAUGGCACAUCUAAGGGUGAAUGUACUAUCACAUAUGAUGACCCUCCAACAGCAACCGCUGCUAUCCAGUGGUUUAAUGGAAAAGACUUUAUGGGACAAAAUAUCAAAGUAGAACUAGCAGAGGCUAGGGUACCAAAGUUCUUCCAGAAAAGAGGUGGUGGUGGUGGUGGAGGAUUCCGUGGCCGAGGAGGUGACCGUGGUGGUCGAGGAGGCGGCCGUGGUGGUGGYGGUGGWGGAGGUGAUGCAAGAUCAGGAGACUGGGACUGUCCUAGUUGUGGUAAUAUGAAUUUUGCUCGCCGAGACACAUGUAAUCGCUGUGGUGAAGGAAGACCCGGUGAUGCUGGAGGUGGUGGCGGAGGAGGAGGAUUCAGAGGUGGACGUGGUGGAGGAGGUCGUGGUAGAGGGGGAGGAUAUGGCGGUGGUAGAGGAGGUGGACGUGGUGGUGGUGGAUAUGGUGGCGGAGGACGUGGUUAUGACAGACAAGGAGCACGACAAGACAGAAGAGAUCGUCCAUACUAGUUCCAUUAACCAUUUGUACAGUCAUUACACCGGUACUCGAUCAUUCAUCGGGUGCAUAUUAAUAGCACAUAAGCUUUCUUUAGGGCAGGUAUUCCUGUAAAGGCAAGAUAACGCCCUUAUUGACAGUGUAACCACAUUUGUUACAUCUUAGUCUUCAUUCCAUCACUAAAAGCCAUCUGACAUAGCAAGCGUCAUCUACUAGCCCUUUAUAUACUAGAGUCACUUAACCCAUUGAAAUAGUUGACUAGCUAUAGUAAAGCCAAAUAGUAUAUAGUAAUACAAUGUAGUACGCUUUAAUUGCAUUUUUUUCUAUUGUGCUUAUUUGACUUAAUUUAAUAUUCAAGUUUUGUUUCACGGGUUUGACUUCACUCUAAACCGUGAACUAGUAAUAGUCGAGGUAUAGUGAUCAGAUAUUAAACAAAAGAAAGCAGUGGAAUAGGAGAAAAAAUAGUAGGUUUUUACACACUAUAAGAAAUAUCAAAAGUACAUACAUGCAUUGCGUUUACACCGAUCUCUUGUUCGUAAGAUCAUCUCAGAUUUCUUUUUUUUUUUGCAAUUUUGUUUGGCAAACGGUAUAUAGUCUCCAAUUCCAUUGUUUUUACUUGUAUCUAAAAGUAAGGUCAAAAGAACACCAAUUAUAAUAUUCUAAUAGAGUGGAAAAAAAAAACGUGAAAUAGAUAUUACGCCAAUACACCGCUCUAAUUGCAUUGUAUUCACAACUAAAAAGUCGAAUAUUGUUUCACGAUUUUCACGACUUUUUUUCACGGGUUUAGCCUCCUCACUCUUUAACUUGACUGUUGCAUUUCACGGUCGUGAAUGCUCACUAAAACGUGUGUAAUAAGUUGCCUUUUCAGGAGUGAGGUUGAUACUGGCAUGUAAUGUAAGAUCACCGUUGACUUGGUGUCAGAACCAUCCUCUGAAACCCAGAACUAUUGAAUCAAAAUGGUUUCCGAGGAUGCACUAUAACUUGCCGCUUAAUUAUGAUCAAUAAACUUGCUGUUAUGAUAGCUGCUUGAUAGAAGUUCACUGGCUGAAAAACUUUUAUAGUUUUGUUUUUUUAAUUAUUGUUACAAUUUUAGUCAAUAAAAUAUUGUAUUUGUUUUCUUAAACAUUAAGUUUCUGUGUCGAAAAAAAAUAUAAA